AUGAAGUUUUUCAAGAUGUUUGAAAUGGAAAGCUUCCAAUCCAAAUUAGAUGGAAUGAAGAAGAGUUUAAGAGCACAAAUAUUUAUAUUGACCUUGAUUGGUUGGGCCGUGGCACUAUCAAUUGACAGAACGAUAGUGAAUGACUAUAGAAUAGAUGCAGAUAAUAAAUAUAGUAACGAAGACGACUUUUUAGCACAUCAAGAUUUGAUUAGAUCUAGAUCGGACAAGAUAGCCCUCACAAUAUUAGCAGUUUUUGAAACCCUAUUAUUUGGUUUAGGUAUUGGGUUUUUUGUGGCUGUUGGUUUCAGAGUUUUUAAAAUUCGUAAUAAUAUGUUAAGAAAAAGAAUGAUUUGGUGUUGGGGCUGUAUUUCAUUUUUUAUGAUUAGUUGGUGGCCACACAGUACAUCACAUUCAUUAGUUUUAUCAUCAUCUGGAAAUCAUUACGAUAAUUAUAUUGCAAUCGAAGUUUCAUUUCAUUGGACCAUAUUGUUUUGUUCAUUAACAUUAUCAUUCUUCCAAUAUGAUUUAAUUUUGUUAAUGUUUGAAGUUGCAAUGAUGAAAAAGAAAAUGGAAACAAGAAAAGAGUGCAAUCCAUUGAAAAUGGAUUGGAAAUACAAUUUCAAAUAUCAUGCUCUCGUAUUCUUAUUUUUAUUUUUUUCUGGUGGUUUAGUUAUAAUGUUUGUAUUUGACGAAUUAAAGAGUGAUAUGGAACCAUACCAAAAAUUCUUUUUUAUUACAUUUAAGUUGGUUGAUUCAAUUAUUUUAGGAUGUGCAGCUGCUUUUACAUAUAUUGCUUCUAGAAUUAUUUAUUUACUUCCACCAAGUAAUGGUAAAAAAGUUGCUAUUAUUUCAUCAUUCUGUAUUGCAUUUUUAUUCUUUGUUGGUUAUGGUCAUCCAUUGGCUCAUACUCAUUCCCCAUCUACUAUGAAAACUACAGUAAUAAUUGAUUAUACUAUUCAUCUUCCAAUUAUUAUUACAACUGGUAUUUUGGCAUUCUAUCAAUUUAGAAUGUUAGAGUUAUCAACUGAUACAAGCUCCUCAUUAUGUAUGGCAGCUAAAUUAAGAAAUAGACCUCAUAAAUAUAGUUUCCCAAUUAGAAGUUUGGGUAUUAAAUCUGGUGCUGGUGCUACAAAUAUUUCUAUUGGUGUUGUUAAUUCAUCUGAAAGUAAAUAUUCAGGAACACCCGAGCAUACUGGUGAAUAUACUGAUCAUUCAGCUAUUACAACUGAUGAAAAACCAAUACCGCCAACAAACAACGAAGCUCAAUCUUGCAUGGCAAUUGAAAUGGAUGACAUGAAAAAGUCCAUGAGCGAUAAUGAAGAAAUGCAACAAAAUUCUGGCGGUGUAUCCGUUGAUAUUAGGGCCAGUGCCAACGAACAAGAAAUUAAUAUAGAGAGAUCCAGUGAACAACCAAAUGUUCCAUCUGCUGCUUCCGUUAAUCCUGUUACCGAAAUAGAAAUUAAUAAUGAAGAUGGUGGUGAUGAUGAAAUACUACCUACAGAACAUGAUAUUGAUGAAUUUAUGGACCAAAUGUAA